CUCAACAGACUAGUUGGGACUGGUACGAAGAUAAAACAGGACCCUGUGGAGGACGUUUGCUGCCCAACAUCUACUACGACCCUCCCUUUUCCUACCUAGCUGUUACACAUUGUAUGUGGUCCAACACCCUGGUCAGGAUAGUGAACACGAGUGAAUGCGAUGACAUGCAUCUUGAUCAAUGCUACCAACAUCUCAUCCCUGCAUAUAAGGACGACUUGAAUAGAAGUCUAUGCUACACAACGACAGACACGCAAAAUGCGCCUACAUUUUCAGGAGUAGUAGGAUUCAACGUAGAUAAUUUCUGUAAGGCGAGCGCUCUUAUAGAUGGACUAACAGCGGGCAAAGGCUCUACAGUGAGCAAAUCGUGUACCACGCAGUGUGGGGUUUCGGGACACUCGUAUGACACCAACUUCUUUGGUCCAUGCAAGGCUCCGCAGACUCCCGGACAAGCAUGCUUCGACGACGACGAUGCGCUGUGCUUCUUGAAGAAAUGUGGAAAGAAAUACAGCGAGAUAAAAGCGCUGUCCCGUCGUAACUGGAACCUACCAGACAGCCAUUACGACGAAAUGGAUGCCUGUGCUAAAUAUCCAUGACAUGACGUUCAUCUGCUCAAGAUUACCUGGUCGUGUCGUGCUUGGUACUUCGAUUCGACUAAGUGGCUGCUGCCGCUGUCUUGUGUUCAAUAUUGCUGUUCAAUAUGUCACUCUAUAACAGAUUGAUGCUCAUUUGCCACUUGUGCGAUAAUUGUUCAAACUGUGCUACAAGAGCUAUAACGUGA